AUGGACGGCGAAGGCCCGGUUGACAUCGCCAUAAGUAUGAGGGACUCGGUACUUGCGGGCCAGAAGCGCAAACAUGAGGAUAUCCAUGAGGAUAUCGUCGAUACGCAGUCUCCCAGCUCCUACGCCGCAUCUACGCCAGAGACGACAGCCUAUCCUGUCUUCCCGAGCGAGGCUCCAGUCUUGCCACCACCGCACUACGGCCCUGGUCCGCCCGAUCCAGAGUUCCCUAGCGAGAUUCCAGUGAUGCCACCGCCGCACCCUCGUUAUGGCAAGGCUGUAGGUAUGGGCUGGGAUGGCCGGUACCGCAGGUACUACUACGUGUACGCCACAGGCAACAUGAUAUGGAGCGAAGUGAUUACUACGCCAGCUCCUGCCGGACACCCUCUUGAGUUCCCAGCUGUACGCCGGACCCCCGAGGAGUCUCCAUUCCGAUCAGAGAAUAACAGAAGCUGGAACGACGCCAACUACCAAGACAACAAUGUUGCGCUCACUCCGAGGCCGACAUACGCUCCGCACUCUGCUCGACAAGCCAUGGUGUCUCAAGGCACAACAUCCGGCAACGAUGGUCAGAGGUCGGGGAAGAAGGCUAAGACGGAGCACGAAGAGUCUGAAGCCAUGGAUGUAGAAUUCGGUGAGGACGCUGGCGCCUAUGAAUCUCCCGAAUCUGCCGUUAUGGACCUUGCCAAAGCUGCGGCGGAGGAGGCAGCGGAGGCAGCGGAGAAAGCGGCUAUGGAGGAGACAAUUAGGGAAAUGCAGGAAGACGCUGACGAACUGAAGAUGCAGUCCUACGGGGGGCUUGAUGUCUGA